ACCGCUACGCCACGAAAUUCCCAAUCCUUCUGAUGCAGGGGAGAAAAAGCCGGAGAAGAAGCAGAAGCGAAGAAAAACGGUACUCUCUCUCUCUCUCGAUCUCGAAAUCCCGAUAUUUCGAGGUGUCUCUCCCUCUCUCUCUCUCUCUCCAACAGAUCUCCGCAGGUAUAUGCCCCUGGCGCUUCGUCACCUCCAUAUUCGAAAACAGCGUCCCUCACUUCAUUUCAAAAGGCCUUUCUGACCAGUCAGCCUUGUUGACAGGAACGGAAUUAAAAAAAAAGGAAGCCAUCCAAGCGAUAUCCUUGCUUGGAAUGGGUUGUUCGCUACUCUCACAUAGCAGAUGGCUAAUGGUGGUGACAAGUCACACAUUGUUGCAGGUCAUUCUCAUUUUGAAAUGGGAACCCUAGAUGGCAGAUCAGAAAAUGAGUUCGAGGAUGAGAGUCUUGUUAGCCCUGUGUCACUUGCUAGAAAGAUGCAUGGUUUUCAUAUAAGCCAGCACAUUUCCUUUCCGGACUCUUCACAAGUAUGGAGCAUCGAAUAUAUGAGGACUAGAAUAUUCAGGAGCCUGAAGAUUGUAAUGUUCUCGUCCAAAAUUAACUUGUUGUUUCCUUUUGGACCUCUAGCAAUCUUGGUCCAUAAUCUGUCUGGCCAUAAUGGAUGGGUAUUCUUUCUCAGCAUGCUGGGUAUAACUCCUAUGGCUGAACGUUUGGGUUAUGCUACUGAGCAGCUAGCUUUCUUUACUGGACCCACAGUUGGGGGUCUUUUAAAUGCUACGUUUGGAAAUGCGACAGAAUUGAUAAUAUCUAUACACGCAUUGAAGACUGGAAUGAUACGCGUUGUUCAACAGUCACUCUUAGGGUCGAUUUUAUCAAAUAUGUUGCUGGUGCUUGGAUGUGCUUUAUUCAGCGGCGGGCUUGUUUUCUGUAAGAAGGAACAGGUUUUCAACAAGGCGUCUGCUGCAGUGAGCUCAGGAUUGCUGUUGAUGGCAGUCAUGUGCCUACUGUUUCCUGCGGUCCUCCACUCCACGAACACUGAGUUGCAUUUUGGGAAGUCAGAGUUGGCCCUUUCAAGGUUUAGCAGCUGCGUUAUGCUCGUGGCAUAUGCCUCCUAUCUCAUUUUUCAAUUUAAGAGUCCAAAGAAUCCUUAUGAACCCAUUGACGAGGGGGGAAGUCUGACUGAUGAUGGUGAUGAUGAUGAAGUUCCUGAGAUCUCUAAAUGGGAAGCCAUCACCUGGCUUGCAAUUAUAACUGUUUGGAUUUCAUUCCUCUCAGGGUACCUCGUUGAUGCCAUAGAGGGGGCUUCUCUUGCAUGGAAAAUGCCAGUUGCAUUCAUUAGUGUGAUCCUGCUUCCGAUUGUAGGGAAUGCUGCAGAACAUGCAAGUGCUAUCAUGUUUGCCAUGAAAGACAAGCUUGACAUCUCUUUGGGAGUUGCAAUUGGGUCAUCAACACAAAUAUCAAUGUUCGGGAUUCCCUUCUGCGUAAUUGUAGGGUGGGUCAUGGGAUGUCCGAUGGACUUGAAUUUUCAACUUUUUGAGACAGCUACGCUUUUUAUAACUGUGUUGGUUGUUGCCUUCAUAUUACAGGAGGGAACUUCUAACUAUUUUAAGGGCCUAAUGCUCAUAUUCUGCUAUCUGAUAGUCGCCGCCAGUUUCUUUGUACAUGUUGAUCCUUCUGCUGUCCAAGAUAAGCCUAACUGAUCUUAAGCAAGAAGUGAAAAAGGUUUACAAGUGCAUGAGCUGAGCACAAGAGCAUGGAGCCCAUGGUUUUCAAAAAUGGUUACGCAACAGCCUUAAAGUAACGGUAAUGGUGUGUACCAUUAUGCGUUACAGGCCUAUAAUGACUGUUACAGCCCUGUAACUGUAAUGGCCAUUAUAGCCCUGUAACGGUCUGUUACAGGCUGUGACAUUUUUUUUAACAGUAACAACACUGUUACCGUUAUUGAAUACCUUGAUGGAGCCUACUGUAUAGUUUCUUUUCUUUCUUUUUUUUGGAAGGCGGCUAUAUUUUGGAAGAGAUGGCUAGCUAUAUAGUAGGACAGCUUGUUUGGGUAAGUGGGGGUGAUUUGGAUAUAUGGGGAUUGGUAAUGUAAGAAGGCGGUGAAACUCAUGUAAGAAUUUGAUUCCUCUUAUUGUUAUUCUUUUUUAGCUCUCUUUCA